GUCCCAAGUGCGCAGAUCGUUGUUUCGCUAGACCGUAUCUGCGCACCAUCCCAUGUGUACGGGAUAACAUUUUUAGGAGAGAAAUUCCUUAUUUUUGUAAGUAUUAGUGCACUCUAAAUGAUAAACAUUAGCAAUACACGAUUGUACAUGUAAAAAAAUAUUAACUAGCUUAUUUUUGGCGGUAAUAGAUAUAGUAAGAGUAUAAUAUCUUUUUAAUUUAGAGAUGACUAAUUUACUAUCUUUUGGCAACCAGUUCUCGCCAAGUCCACCAUGGCUGUUUACAAUGUGUUCCGACUAUUUUUGGGACUAAACAAACUUUAUUAAUAUUUAUAAUGGAAAUGUUCAGCCGUAAACGAAUUUUAGUUAACUUUCUACACCAUGCUUGCCGUUUUGUUAAAUGAUUGCUUGUAAUUCACUUCAGUUUGAUUUUUAUCAUUUAUCCCCUCAAAAACGCCUUUGUUGGCAACUUUUUUUGUUCUGGUCCACCGGUUAAUUCAUUGUUCACCUUGCAGGCCCUAACUGGUUUGCCUGUCUUGUGUAGCUAAAAUAAUAAUAAAAAAAAAUGAUUACCAUAGUCACCAUCCACAAUCAAGCUUUCAAAGCUGCCACUGUCUUAUCCACAUGGGACAUGGACAUUGAACAAAAUAGACCAAUUGUUAUUUUUUUUAUCUGAUUUGAAGUCACAGUCAAACAGAGUUUAUUUUUAUUUAAUAUUCAUUGUUACAAUUCAUUCAUUUUCAUGCAGCUAAACAAAGUAUGGGAAAACCUUAAACACUGAUUAAACAACGGAUGUGUCGGAAAGAAGCCUUCUUCGGCGAACAAACGAUAAAAACAAUAUAAGUAAAGGCAAAAACUAUAUUUAGAAGCAGGGCCCGCGAUGUCUUCCACCAAAUAUAGUUAAUGGAGGUUUCCCUGGUCAAGUACAGGCCAUAGUUUCAUUUUUUCAAAACAUUUCAAAAUUUAGCUGUAUUUAAUAGGUUUUUUUUCCCCAAUUAUUUUUAAAUUUUUCUCUUGAAAUGUCCCUUUAAAAUAAAUUAUGAAAUUGAGAAAUGAACAGCAUCUGGGGGUUGAUUUUGGGUUAGCGUUUAGACCGGCGAUGUGUUCCAUUAAUAUAGGCCACAUCACAGAGGUUCCCCAGGUCAACCUCCGUCUACAGCAACGUACUAAAAAGAUUUCGAUGUUUGUAGUCACAUAAUUCUUUUUGAAAUUGGAAAGGGGUCUUUCCAAGAGUUGUCUCACCCUAAGCGCUAAGGGGUCUUUCCAAGAGUUGUCUCACCCUAAGCGCUUUGGGGAAUUCCAACAGUGCUGGACUUCAGGUGAAUAGACAUUCUAUUUGUAAGACCCGAAAGAUGUGUUUGAUAACAUUCCUGUUCUUUAUUGAGCAUUACUCGCAUCUUAAACAAUAUGGUUGAUAUGAAGUAUAUUAUAAUGAAAUGUUCCAUUAUUUUGUAUUAAAAUUCAACGUUCAAAAGAAAGGAAAAAAGAAACACAUCCUUGCUGAUACCCCACGACCCAACAACCGUUGGGGGGGGGGGGAGUGCGGUCUUUUGAUUAGUUGAAAAUCAAAAUACCCGUAUGUUAAAACUUGGUUAACAAAAGAGAGCCUACUGCUUAAAUUAUUAUUUUGUAUUAAAAUUCAACGUUCAAAAGAAAGGAAAAAAGAAACACAUCCUUGCUGAUACCCCACGACCCAACAACCGUUGGGGGGGGGGGGAGUGCUGUCUUUUGAUUAGUUGAAAAUCAAAAUACCCGUAUGUUAAAACUUGGUUAACAAAAGAGAGCCUACUGCUUAAAUUACAUUUGGAAUGAUCUUCUAGGGACUGGGGAGGUACCAAACCCAGCCCCCUUUUUUAAAUGUUUUAUAGGAACUGAAGGUAGCUUUGAAAUUUAUUUUAAAAACAGCUGUAUGAGUUUUAAUACACCCUCUUCCUAUCACAGCUUGUGGUAUUUUAUCAAACUUUAAUAAGUAAACGAGGAAUAGGCAUAAUUUAUAUUGAUCCUUUUUAAAAAAAAUUAAAGCAGCUUUUCCUAAAAAAAUAUAUUUGGUAGAUUAUUUUAAAAUGCCAUAGUUCGUGAAUUAGUUGAUUUUUUAAAAAUUUUAUUUUAUGCUGAUCUGGUGGAGUUUGAACCACAGUGAAUUAUUUUACAAGUUACAGGCUGUGAAAAUGGGGUCUGCACAUUCUCCUUUAUAUUAAUUGAUAAGUAUAGCACAUACACGUCUGCAAAACAAAUUGACCACAGUUUGCAGCAAUUUCAGUCAUCUACUUUUUACCUACCGUUACCUUUUUUGACACCAGCUUAACACGAUCCCACUAUAUAUGUGAUGCUAGUAGUUAUUGUAUACAUCAUGUAUAUUUAUGUAUAAUGAAUGUUAAUUUAUUUACUGUUAAGAUACUUUAAUGUACGAUAUUGUAAGAUUUUAAGAGUUCGAGGGUAAGCAGGUCCGUAUGCUCACAUAGUGUUGUUAAUCUUAAACAUAAAUAUUUUAUUUCUCAGAACAAUGGUAAUGGAAACUCCUGGACCCCAGGAAGUUGGCCGGGAAUUUGUUCGGCAAUAUUACACUAUGCUGCAUGAAGCACCUCUUCAUCUUCACAGGUACAUCAACACUGAUACCAUUUAUAUAGACAUUUUGAGUCAGGUGACAGUCAUGGAAAAAGUUUUCCUGGUCUUGCUAAUCCUCUUGAGAUCUUCUUCACUUUUCCAAAUAAAUUGAACACAUAUUUAAUAUAUAAAUUAUCGAUCCACCUACAAUAUUUACUAGCUCUAACGCCAGUUCAUUCAUAACCAGAGUUUUGGCUGAGUCAAGCCUUAAAAGUGUGUAGUUGCUCGUAAUUCAAAUGUAAAAAAAAUAUGCUAGUGUACGGAAAUACAGCCCUAAUCAUCAAUGACAAUGUUUUAAAUCCAUUUAAAAAAAAAAAUUGUAGAAGUUGAUGACUUAUUAACUUAUAAUGUAGAAGACAGGUACUCCCUUCAUGUGUACUUCCUAACCAUUAUGAAAAUUUCCAGAAAUAGAUGACUGUCGCUUGGACAGAAGUAUUUUUUGUCUUUGCAGUCUAUUCUGUUAUAAUAUCGAUUAACAAGUUUCCACUAGUGUAUAUCACAGUCAACUCGUUAAAUAUAGGUCACAUGUAGGCCAAAAUGUAUGAAAAUGAGUUGUUUUGGCCAUACUAAAAUUAAAUUUUAACUGCUAGUAGAUCUUAUAAAAAUGAAAUGAAAUCUCACACUGUAAAAAUCCAUUUUUAAACCAGAUUCCUCAAUCUGAUAACCAGUAUCUUUGAUUUAUGUUAGGUGGUAAAAAUUCUAUUUGAGAUGAAAACAUUUUAUUUAAUAAAGAAAAUUAAUCAAAUAAGUUAAUUGCAGAUGGUAUUGUAUAUCAAUCUUGAAGAGCGAACAUUAGUCUAGGACUCCUGUGAUAUACAAUUAUUCAUUAUACCAUGUACAUACUUGUAAACUCUUUAAGCACAGCCAAUCACUGCAGCCUCAAAAUGUGGGACCCAAUUAUGCACAUAUCUUGACUUGAGUUAAUAACUUUUCUAUAUUUGAAUUGGUGUACCUGGAGAAACAGUUAAAAUCUUCUGUGACCCACUCAUAUGCAUACCACCAUACUUAUUCCCCUGAAAUAUGAUUCAGAACAAGUAAUUUGAUUCUAUUGAUGUGUGGCAAAUUUUAGCACUACUUAUUCAACGCCCUGUAGAUGUUAUUUGUUGAAUUUUGUGAAUCAUAUUGCCUCAAAUUACUUAUUCAGUUAAUUAAACUUGAAGCAUCGUACAGUAAUUUUGAUAUUAAUCUGAAAAAUUAAAUAUUGUCAUAAAAACAGUAUUUGUUGACCAUAUUGCACAUUUUCUAAUUUUUUUAAAAAUGGUCCUAGGUUUUACAGCAAUAACUCUGCAUUUGUGCAUGGAGGAGUUGAGAAAGCUGGUAAUGAGCAGCCACCUGUAAUAGGUCAAGAGGUGAGUACUGUACAGACUCUUUUUAAAAGUUUUAAUUUGCUCAAACUGAAGUAUUCUUGUUACUUGUAUAGGCUUGAUCUGUUCUAUAACAAUGUGCAUCAACUUGCAGUUAUUACAUGAAUCAUUGAAUUAUAUAUAAAGCGUCGUUUGUAAAACAAGUGAUUUUUAUAAUUUUUACCUGUUUAGGCGAUCCACAAAAAAAUUGUUUCACUGAACUUCAAUGACUGCCAUGCCAAGAUCCGUCAGGUUGAUGCUCAGGCUACUGUAGAAGAUUCAGUUGUUGUGCAAGUCACUGGGGAACUCAGCAAUAAUGGCGAACCAAUGAGGAGAUUUAUGCAGACAUUUGUUUUGGUACCACAGACCCCCAAAAAGUUUUAUGUGCAUAAUGACAUCUUUCGAUACCAAGAUGAAGUUUUCCAUGAUGAAGAAGGGGAAGUGGAGGAAGCUGACAGUAAGUGACUUAAUGAGUUGGAGCUUCCAAGUUAUUUUAGUGAAUAAAGUCUGUCUCUUAAUCAUAGCUAAUCCAUAAUUUAGUUUCAGUAUUUUUUAAAACAUUUCUUAAAAUUUUUAGGGUUUGUUACAGACCCUAGAGAAGAGGUCAUAGAGAAUGGUCAAGAUCAAGAACCUCCAAGCCCAGAAGUUUCCUCACCAUACUAUGACCAGGUGCCUUUGAGGUUUGUUAAAAAUCAUUGCAUGCCAAUUUGAGCUGAAAAUCCAUUUUGUGAUAAUUUUUAACUGAACACACUCAUGGGUGCAAUCAAUGGUAAUCGGACAUACAAGCCUAAGAGAGCUCACUCAAACAUUAUUGGAAAUGACAUUUCAAAUGCUUCCCUUAUUUGACCAUAUGAACUUGUUUUCAUUAAUAAAAUCUUGGUAGCUUUAAAAUUGUUCGACCUCACUUUAUAUUGUAAGUGCAGAAAUCAUAUGACACGUGUAAAUAAUUUGUUUCGGGUGUUAACAAUGAUGAAUUAAACUAAAAAUCCAGCAAGAAGAAAUAUAUGUUCUUUCUAACCCUGUAUCUAUUUUCUUAUGCAUUGCUAAAUAUUUUCAUUUCCUUAGUAAUGGUCCGACUGUUGAGGUAGAAACACAGAAAGCUCCAGAACCCACACCAGUUCAUAUUCAAGCUCCUCCUCAGCCUCCCAAACAAGAGGUAGAAAUAGUGCCUCCUGUAGACAGGGAGAUUAGUCGUGUUGAAGAGGCACCCGUUGCUGAGAUAGAACAUAAAGCUUAUGAGCAAAAAGUUGAGACUAAACCUGCUGCAGCUGUUGAGCCUUCACCUCAAGAAUAUGUUGAGCCUCAACCAGGUAUAUAGAAUAGUAUGUUGCCUGACCCAUUCACUACUGUUGCGACAACACCCCCUUCCCCCUCCCUCUUGCUGCUAAUGCAACCCUACACAUACCAGCAGGCCUUGUGAGAAACAUAGUUUCCAUGUGAAUAACAUUGGGAUACUUAAAAACUGAGUUCCAAUGUCACUGCUGGUCAGAUAUUUUGACCAGUGUUACUGAUCAGAUUUAAAGAUUUAGAGAGGUCAAAGGUUGCAUUGAUAUCAUUAUUUUAGGAUAAUGAAAUGGUACAACUCUAUGCCAUCUGAUGAUGGAAACAAAUAUGCCAUACGGCUGUCAACUAAUUUUGAGACCCACACUUGGCUGAAAAUGUUAAUUUUCCAGUUUUUAACUGUUAAAAAGAAUGACAAGGGUAGAACUAGGGUUACAACAACUGGCAGUACACAAGUUACAAGGAUUGUUAUCGAAAUGUCAAAAUCACAGCAAGCCUCCUAAAAAAUGCUAUAUAACAGCUUUACAGCAAACAGAAUAGUAAAUAAAAGUGUAUACUAUAAAUUUUCUUAGUAACGGCAUUCAUUUUCUAUUUCUUAAUAGUUUUUUUUUAAAUAACAUGUUUAGUGGUUACAACAAUUACAUUUAUACCAUUGGAGUUCUUGUACUUUUGCCUAUUAUGCCAGGGAAUGUUUUGGGACUAGAGGUUAAGUGCAAAAUAGCUGCUAAUGGGUUAAGAGGCAAUCCGUUUAAUUGGCUAAUUUUGUGCUCACAUCCAAAACUCAAAUUUUUGUUUAAAUCAAGAUGAAUCUCACCCCUUAUUGAUUGCUACAAAUCAAAAUUUUCUGCAAUUCUGGUUUAUUGUGGCAUUUGUAAAUACUUCUUCCUUUAAUCUCAUGAGUUAAGAAGUGUAUUGAAAUUAUUCAUCAGACUGUUAUGAUAUAACAAAAUAUCUAGCAGAAAGUGCAGUGAACAUAUGUUUGAAUUUUAAAUAAGACUAUUUUUUCCCUUUUUAUUGAAACUCAUUUUAUUUUUAAAAUCCUCAAAUACCAUGUCCAAUAAUUAGAUUUACACGGCAAACUAAAACAGCUUAUUGCAUUAUUAUAAAUCUUCUAAAGAACAAAGUUUGGGACUAAAAAGCAGUUUUUUCAUUUUUCAAAAAACACUUCUGGUUUGCUGUAAGAAAUUAUCAAUGUGCAUUAUGUCAUAUUGCAGUUUACCUUUAAUUUUUUAUGCCUCAGGUCCAAAACCAGUUACCUGGGCUGCCCUGGCAAGCAAGAAUACUCCAGGUGGAGUUGCCCCUCCUCAGAGCUCAUACCCACCCCCUCCUGUUCAUACCUCCAAGCCACCCCCAGCACGCAGUGAGCCUCUAAAAGCAGAUGGAACUUCCUCACAAGCUCCUCAGUCUCAAAGAGCCCCAAGGUAUUUUCUCAAUUAUUUCCUGAAUUUGUAUUAUGGCAAUUUGUGGCUCUUUGGAAAAGAUAUCAAUCUUAGCAUUGGUUUCUCUUCUACUUUAGCCUCUCUUGUACUACCAUAAGCUCUAUGUGUAUUUAAAAAAAAACCUGAGCCAGCAGGUUCUUUUUUGCAUGUGUGAUUGUCACUUUUUGUUCCAUUUAUUAAUUGACUAUGUAUAUUGUGUGAUUUCUACAGCUAAUGUUGCAUUUAAACCCAAAGUAUUAAAAAUUAAUUGUUUAAUUUAGGGCACCACGGGAACGGUUUUUAGACCGUGACAGGAGUAGUGUCAGUCGAGGAGAUGGGGAUGGUGAUGCUGACAGCGUCAAUGGUAGGCGCUCCAACAGCGUUGGGGGUAGUGGUGGCCUUGGUGGAUCCAAGUACUCGGAUAAUCAGCAGUUGUUUGUUGGAAACUUGCCUCUCAACAUCACAGAGCCAGAGUUGAAAGAGUUUUUUGAACGUAGGUUAUUAAAAUUAUUUACUGAUGUAUUUUAAAUGCUAGAUUGUAGAGGGAUAUUUUCAGUGUUUGGAAAUUUAUUCUGGAAGCCAAGUCACAUUUUUUCUUUAACUAUUCACAUAUUUUCAGUUUCAUUUGCAUUAAAUAUCCUGAUUUUUGCCUGGAUCUGUUUGAAUGCCUUAAAAAUUUUUCAUGAACACAUUAAAACUUAGUUCUGUACUUAUGAUUGCUUAGUAGUUUAUUUGAAGUUGUGUGGUUUAUAAAUCUGUGAAACUCAUUCCUGACGGUUGCGACUAAAUGCGUCCUUUUGGGAUUUCUCCUGAUGCGUCCUGUUAAAAAUAGCAAUGAAAUCGCGCAACUUGAGACUUCCGGCUAUUGCGCUAUUUUAAUUUAAAAACCGGAAAUUUCACUUGUUUCACUUUAAAAUUUAAAGCUAUGUGUGCUUUAGUACGGCUUGUCUAUAUCUAGCAUGUGUUUGUUCGAGGUGCCGAGCAUCAAUUUUUUGGCUAUUUUUGCAUUAUUUUUUCGCCACUAAUAUUUUUUUUUUUUUAUUAAACCUUAUUCAUUUUUUGAUGCAUUUGUCCUUCAUUCAUUAACAUUUAUUAUUAUUUAGCAGUUUUAAAAAAAAAAAAUUUUAAAAUGUAAAUCAAUUUCAAAACUGAUUUGCUUCCCUUUUCUCAAGAAAAUAAAUUAAGUACGGAAGUAGCACUGCCGGAGGGAAUGAGUUAACCAUGGCUAAUAUAUAUUUUACCUGUUUAUCACCAAUCAAUAGAAGCAUCUUGACAUGUACAGUACUCUAAAUAGGUUCAGAAAAAAAACAAUUAACUUAUUUGACAUAAGUUUACUGGAAUUUUGAUAACUACCAUAAUAAAAGUGGAACUGUUAUAAUUAUGAAAAGUAUUUACCUGCUUUAUAUAACAAAUUUGGCAGAAAAGUCCCAUUUGCUCACAUUUUAAUGGCUAUGUGUAAAUUUGUAGAGAGAUUUUGUCAUUUCAGGGUUAAAUCAACGGCUGUCUGUUGUUUAUACUAGUUUGAAGGACCCGGUACUUUAUAGUUAUUGGGAGUUAUUGUUACUUUUUUAAAAAAAACUAUUGGUUAUUGAUGUAUCAUGCUCGUUGUUUUGGCUUUGUUAAAUUAUAUUUCAGUUGUAAAUGAUCUUUAUUCCCAGAAUAUGGAAAAGUUGAGGAAUUGAGAAUCAACACCAAGAGUGGAGGUGGUAAAGUACCUGUAAGUAUUCAACUUUUUUAUGUAAAUUUGUUCUUCCAUAAAGACUGGUUGGCAAUAUUGCUGUUAAUUAAGGUUUUUAAUAUAAUUGCACAUUUUAAAGGAAUGGUGAUGAAGCCAAUUUUAAUAUGCAUAAUGUCAAAAGGAGCUGUGAUGUUUGUAAGUUGCGUCUGACAUAUGAUGACAAGACACUUCUGAGCUACUUCUGACAUCUUUGAAUAAACAGUGGUUUGGGGUUGUCUUUUUGUGACCUUAAUAAUGUAACUUAUGUACCCCAAACAAAGCAUUUACAAUUCUUAGUUUCCUAAGUAUUUCAAUUCCCUUUCGUGUUUUUUUUUCAAACACCUAUUACUUAAAAAAUGUAUAUGGUUAAAAGGUUUAUAUUAGGUAUUCUAAAUGAAAAUUUUAUGAAAUUAAAUAAAAUUGAACUGUUCCUCUAAAUAGAGCUUGGCUUCAUCAGAGCAGAACCACACAUUUUAAUUCUCUAUCUCCAGUAUUUAGAAAGUUAUACAUUUUUAAAAUAUCAGGAAUAUGGUUAAUUUUUAGACGCCAGGAAAGUGUAGUUUUGACACCCGCUCUCUUCUGAAAUAAAUAAGUUGGAACUUUCAGAUCUCUUGCACUCACUACCAGUUAUACAUAUAACAAACUCAAUUUUUUUCAGGGUUGUCAUUAAAAAUGUAAAUACAAUUUUUAUUUAUCCAAAAACGAGCUGAAGCUCAAUUUUACAAAAUAUCAAUAGUUAGUUUUCAAAAAAAUCAUUAAAAAAAUCAAUUAAUAAAGCUAUUCUAAAUAUACAGGAGACAAGUAAAAGGUUAUUUAAAGCAUAACAAUGUGAAAUCAUCACGCAAAGGUGAAAACAACAAAAUAAUUUGCAGAAAUUAUUUCAACAAGGCUUGUACACAAAAACUAAGAAUUUCAUAGAUUUUUUAAAAUUGAUAAUUGACAAAGCAAGAUAUCUUAUCAAAUGUUACACAGUAUUGUAGAACAUGUUAAUCUUUAUUUAUAAUUUCCAGCACCUUAAAAAAACCAUUCAUAUUAUAUAUAUAUAUAAUUUCAAACCCGACAUUGAGAAUUUUCAACAUCAUACAUUUUUAUUAAAAAAUUGGUUUAGAUGGCUGCAAUUCAGUACUGAUAGUGAAAAUUGUAUGACAAAGUAGAUAAACCUAAAAGAUAAGCUGUUUGAAGUUUGCUGCCUUUAUUUGCAUGUCUGUAUGCGGCUAGAGACAUUUCCCUAUGCUGAUUUAAUGACAAAUUUCUGUACUUGUACACCAAAAACCUGUGAAAUGAAUAUUUUAUUUAAAUAUAUUAAUUAAAUUGUAAAGAUAAAAAUUGGUGAACCGUCAUGUGGAAAUGGUGUUAAAAGGGGGUGUGCAUUAGAUUGUAAAAUUGUAGCUAUGAUGUCUGUAAGUUGCGACUGAAAGUAAAUAUAUGACGCUAAUAUAUUACUGAGCUACAAUUUUUCAGUGCAUUUUAGAUUUACAUCAAUAUAUUAACUUAAUAUUAAUGAAGUUUUGGAUUAAAAUGUUUUUAGAAAAAAUCUUCCUUUUUGACUAGCUUUUGAUUUGUUUUUGGACUAUCUUUUAAUCAUUUCCUUUAGACAAGCUAAUACUUUUAAUACAAUACUUUGGUUUUCUUUCUCCAGAACUUUGGAUUUGUUGUUUUUGAAAAUGCAGAAAUUGUACAAGAGAUUCUGAAAGUAAAGGUAUUUAUACUGUUUUUAAGUUAAAUGACAUCUUAACAAAAAUUGUCUUUGAGUAAUUAUAAUGUAGCUAUGAUGUUUGUAAGUUGCGUCCGAUGUCUAAAUGAUGAUUAUAUUUACUGAGCUACAAGUUUCACUUUAAAUUGAAGUUAUUCAUGACAAUUUUUAAAAAAUGCUUGUGUGAAAUACUGCAAGUUUUAAAAAAUAGUUUGUUGUGAUUAUUUUAAGAUGAUCAAUCUCCUAGUGGACAUGCAUCAUUCUAAUUUUUUUAACAAUGUUGUUACUUCUUUCAGGCUAACCAACCCAUUAAAUACAAGGGUGAGCAUCGCUUAAAUGUUGAAGAGAAGAAACCCAGAAGUACUGAGGGCAUGCGCAGUGGUGGUAGAGGAGGAAUGUCAAGAGGUGGAAUGGGUGGUCAAGGCAUGGGUGGAAGCCGUACAGGAGGUCCACCUUAUGGAGAUCGUGGUGGUCCGGGAGGACGUGGUGGUAUGAAGGGCAGCAGUGGAUUCAAUAAUCGUCAAGAUGUGCGAAGCUCCCCCAAUUUAGGUCCUCGCGGAGGAAUGUCUCAACAGGGGCGGCGCUGACAAAAGUUUGAUUUCUUACCUGCAUAACAACCAAAACUAAAAAAUGAACCUGCUUUCAUUGUGUGUGCGUCUAUACCAAAUUCAAAUUUUUUAUGCAAAUUAGAAGGGGAAUGAAUUUUUUUUUUAUGAAGAUGUUAAUAGUUUGAGAUGCUGGCUAUUCAGCAGUGUUGACUUAAUUGAGGUAGUCAGAAGAGUGUCAUCACAGCUGGCUCUGUGCUGGUCAGUUCAUUGACAUUUUCAUUCUUUGUAUUGGAUGCUGUCAAAUAUCAUUUGCUUUCCUCAUCCAAGUUUUUUUUAAAUCUUGUAAAUAUCAGACAGAUUUCUCAUUGUGAUUUCAUUCUUUUUGCUUUAUUUAGUAGGUAU